CGAAAGUCAAACUAUGGGAAAGUUGGAUUUGUCUGAGAAUAGAAUAAAAGCGUUCAAAGGAUCUGACUUGAUCCUUCCGAAUUUGUACCUAAUCUAUCUCAAUGACAAUCAAUUGACUACAGUAACUCCGGACAUGUUCCAGAAUAUGCCAAGUUUACAGACUAUUUAUUUGGCUCACAAUCUUCUGACCACCGUUUCUUUUCCAAACCUACCAAUGGCAUCAGGUGUGGAUUUGAGAUAUAAUCGCAUUAAAACUAUGGAAAAUGUUAAUCUUUCAACCUUCGGCCAGGAUUAUUCGUUACAAUUUGACUCAAACAAAGUAUUCCAAAUGGAGACUCAAACACCGUUUGAGAAAUUAAUAUCUUUCACUUGUCAUUCCUGCUUUAUUCAUAUCGUCGAACCCUUCUUCUUUGCCAACACAUAUAAGAACAUUGAAUACUUAACAUUAGCCAGCAAUUUCCUGACAACUGCCAAUAUUUUCAAAUCUUCAAGCGAAGACUUAAAGCUGAAGUCCAUUCAAUUAUCAUUCAAUAAGAUCAAGAGAAUUGGCAGAAAAGACUUUGAAAGAGUUUCACAACUUAACACAUUGCGCUUGGAUCACAAUGAUAUUACUGUGAUUGCGAGUGGAGCCUUUGAUAAAUUACCCAAAUUGGAUACAAUUGACCUUUCGGAUAACCUUCUUGUGCAACUCUCAGCAAAUCUCUUUGAAAAGAAUGCGCUACAGGUGCUGAGUAUCACAGGGAACAAUAUGCCAUUCUUCAAAGUUCCCGGAUGGACAGAAAUGCCAGGAGUUCCUCCGAUAAUACAACCUGUCAAUAGUAAACUGAACAAACUCAACAGUUUACAUAUCUGGAGCAACCCUCUUCAGUGUGGAUGCAUCGAUUUACUUCGCUCAUGGGCGAAGAAGAACAAGAUAUUCUUGGGAUUCGACGAUGAAAAAGUAAGAAAUGGCCUGAAACCAGCUUGUAUUGUCAACGAUGAUGGCUGUAAUACAGAUGUAGGCAAAGACUACAUCAAGGAUUAUUGGCACUUGUUCAACGACAAGAGAGUCAAGGAUAUUUUUGACGAAGAUGAAGAAGAAUGAAACUAGCCAAUUUAUGUUGUUAAAUGUUAUUACAACACUUUUCUUGUCUAGUAAAUUAAUUUUAUGACACAAAAUUAAGCAGAUAAGAUAAGUUAAAGAUAUUUUCGAGUAAAAGCAGAAGAAAGAAUAAAUGUCUCUUACUCAC